UUUGGCACUCUGUAGCUCUGGAGCUAGUGUUUCCCCGUUCUAUGUGUCCACCGAUGAUGAGUUCAUUAUUAAGACAGUUCAACAUAAAGAGGCGGAGUUGCUACAGAAGCUGCUUCCAGGAUACUACAUGAACCUCAACCAGAACCCUCGGAAUUUGCUGCCUAAAUUCUAUGGACUCUACUGUGUGCAGGCAGGUGGCAAGAACAUUCGGAUUGUGGUGAUGAAUAAUCUUCUACCAAGAUCAGUCAAAAUGCAUAUCAAAUAUGACCUCAAAGGCUCAACCUACAAACGGUGGGCUUCCCAGAAAGAGCGAGAGAAGCCUCUUCCCACAUUUAAAGACCUAGACUUCUUACAAGACAUCCCCGAUGGUCUUUUUUUGGAUGCUGACAUGUACAAUGCUCUCUGUAAGACCCUGCAGCGUGGUUGUUUGGUGCUGCAGAGCUUCAAGAUAAUGGACUACAGCUUCUUGAUGUCAAUCCACAAUAUAGAUCAUGCACAACGAGAGCCCUUAAGCAGUGAAACACAAUACUCAGUUGACACUAGAAGACCGGCCCCCCAAAAGGCUCUGUAUUCUACAGCCAUGGAAUCCAUCCAGGGAGAGGCUCGACGGGGCGUCACUAUGGAGACUGAUGACCAUAUGGGUGGCAUCCCCGCCUGGAAUAGUAAAGGGGAAAGGCUUCUGCUUUAUAUUGGCAUCAUUGACAUUCUACAGUCUUACAGGUUUGUUAAGAAGUUGGAGCACUCUUGGAAAGCCCUGGUACAUGACGGGGAAGUCUCAGUGCAUCGCCCAGGCUUCUAUGCCGAACAAUUCCAGCGCUUCAUGUGCAACACAGUAUUUAAGAAGAUCCCCUUGAAGCCUUCUCCUUCCAAAAAGUUCUGGUCUGGUUCAUCUUUCUCUCGGCGAGCAGGCUCCAGUGGCAACUCCUGAAUUACUUACCAGCCAUCAAUCUCUGGGGAACACAAGGCACAAGUGACAACAAAGGCGGAAGUGGAGCCAGGAGUUCAUCUUGGCCAUCCUGAUGUUUUACCUCAGACUCCACCUUUGGAGGAAAUCAAUGAGGGCUCACCUAUUCCUGAUCCCAGUUUCUCACCUGUAGUUGGAGAGACUUUGCAAAUGCGAACUACAAGUACAACCUUGGAAAAGCUUGAAAUUGCAGAGUCAGAGUUCACCCAUUAAGUGCAAAGCCUCAGAAGACCUGGAUCAAGAUUCUGUCAUCUCUGUGAUCCCACGAUGUUAGCCUUUGCCCCAACAAUGCUGAAUUUUCUUCUACUUGAUCAUCAAAAAAGAAGUGUAGGGCCGGGCAUGGUGGCUCAUGCCUGUAAUCCUAGCACUUUGGGAGGCUGAGGCAG